AUGCCUGCGACGGCGAUUGCACCUCUCCGGCGUGCAGAUGUGCUGCGAACGCCCUGGACCACAAGACUGUGUCUACAGCAGUUGAUGACACAUGAAAGAGCAAGGUCGCGGAAUACACUACUCUCGCAAGGUUGCCGGCAUCACUCAUCAUCCGUCGCCGCCGCGAGUGCGCGCCCAGGAUCCUCUGUCUCUGCCUCCGAAGUGUCACACUUCUCUCGCCUCGCUUCCUCGUGGUGGGAUCCUCACGGCCCUUCUCGCCUGCUGCAUCUGAUGAACCCUCUCCGCCAUGACUUCAUCCGGUCGUGCGUGCAGCCGUCUUCCUCCGAACGCAACAUCGAGAACGAGAAGAGAUACUCAUAUCUAGACGUGGGUUGUGGCGGAGGCAUUUUCGCGUCUUCAGCGGCGCGCCUCACGACGACGUUGCGCGUCACGGCCAUCGAUCCCACGGAGGACGUUAUCCAGGUGGCGAAGGAGCACCAGCGCGGCGACCCUGCUCUCGCCGCGCCAGGGAAGUUGGAAUACAUCAACUGCGCGAUCGAAGACCUGCCGGUCCCGGUCACCAAUGACGCCAAAUACGACGUGCUGACCGUGUUCGAGGUCCUGGAACACAUCGACUCGCCCGCCUCGUUUCUCGACCUCGCCAUCCCCCACCUGAAGCCGGGAGGAUGGCUCAUCGGGUCGACCAUCGCCCGCUCGCCUGUGGCCUACCUAACCACCAAGCUUAUCGCCGAGGCGCCCCUAAUCGGCGUGGUACCGCGCGGCACCCACGACUGGGACAAGUACAUCAACCCGUCCGAGCUGCGGGGGUAUUUCGAGUCGGGAAAGGCGCCCGGGCGGUGGGCAGAGUUUAUCACCCAGGGGGUCGUCUACCUCCCCGCCCUCGGGUGGCAGGUCAUCCAGGGCAGCGAGGAGUUUGGGAAUUACUUCUUUGGAGUGCAGAAGCUGGAAUCAACGUGA